GCAAGAUGUUAAUCAGUAUGUUUCUUGUUGGGUCAAUCCUUGCUUUACAAGCUGUCAGCAAAGGGUUGUUUUUAAAUCACUAUCUGCCUGAUCUGGUGUUUCUUUCACCUGGAGCUCCAUGUCUAUAUGUGUUUCUGUUCUGCCUGCUGCCAUGUCUGUGAAUCGUUCUGGGUCCUUGCUGACGAGCUCUGAGGCUGCUCAGUCACCAGGUUUUCCCUCUGCCGUUGACUGUGAGAUCGUCGUUCUACCCAUCGAACUGCUGCUCAGCUUGCAGAAAUCGCAUUUCCACUUGCUGGGGAAAACCAUUAAAGUCCGCAAGGAACCGGGAAUUGGGUACAACGUGAUCUCCAAUGGACAAGUUCGAGUGGAUGGGCAACAGUAUAACCUGGUCAACUACAUGCACAGUAAGGUUACAGUGAAUUCUCAUAAGGAAUACAAAGAUCUUAAGAAAAUUAUAUUAAGUAAACUAAUGGUCUUUUUCACCAUUGUUAAGGUCACUGAAGGUUCUUCACAAGACACAGUUUAUGCUGUCAUUGUGAACACUCGCCAUCCCAGAAUGAGACAGGAGAUUGAAAGUGGUAUGAAGGAUGUCAAGGCAUCAGAAGUGGGCACAAAAUAUGCCUUCCAGUUCACUUUGCAAAAAGCAAUCCAGUCGUUCUUCAGUUUAAAGGAUGCAUGUAUAACUCCCGACCUUGGUUUGGAAUUCACGUGUGAAUAUAAAUGUGAUUCGUCAGAUGUUUUCCAUGGGUGUACUACAAAGACAAAGGAACUGAAUGGAAAAAUCUUUGAUCUCUCUUCUGUAACUGAAGAUGGGCAAAGUAAAGUGACGAAGUUGUUGGACCAGAUGAGUAAGGCCUUUGCUGAAACGGAGACUGGACCUGCUGAGGUUUCUUCAUUUCAAGCAGACUUUUCGGGGGAUAAGGUAGUCCAUUCAACUCAACAAUUUGCAAAGCGUUCAUCUGUGAAGGAAACAUCUUCAUCGCAGUGGCCUGCAGUGAAUGAGAAGUCGUACCUCCUUCAGUUUACACAACACUUGCCCAAAUAUAUAGAAUGAAUGCCUGGAGGAAAAUAAAAUAAAUUGCUACCAUUUCAACUGAAAAAGAAUGUCGAUGUCCUGAUUUAUUACCUUGGAUAAAUGGAAUGUGUACUUCUCAAUCUGCUUGAUGUUUGGUCUAAGCUGGUUUGUUUUGUGAUGUCUUCUGCAACUACUUUAUUGGUGAAGGUUGGAGUGAUGUGUGUAACUAUUAAUACGAGUUAAUACGGGUUGGCACAACAUUGUGGGCCGAAGGGCCUGUACUGUGCUGUACUAUUCUAUGUUCUAUGAGAGGAGGUAACGCUGGCUUAUCUUUCACUCAUCAGGAGAUAGUCACACAUGAAAAUGUUGGGGGAAAGUGCAGGUGCUGGAAAUCUGAAAUAACUAAUUCCUGUCCAAUGUGAAUUCCACACACAUUUGGAAGGACAUUUUCAUUUGAUCCAUGAUUUCUACUGAGAUAAAAUCCCAGCUGAGCUCCAUGGGCCAUGGUAUGAGUUAGAGGCACAGGGAGGUCCCCUAGCCCCUUGACCAUUCAAUAAGGUCACAACUGAUAUGAUUUUAACUUCAACUCCGUAUUCUCGUCUACCAGUAGUAAUCUUUCAACCUCAGCUUUCAAGAACCUACUUAUCUGUUUUAAAACUGAUCAAAGAUUUUGCUUCCACAGCUCUUUCGGGAAGACUCAAAGCAUUCUGGGGAAAAGAUCACCCCCAUAUGGCUCAUAUGUGUGACCUAUUAUUUCAAAAUAGUGCCCCCUAGUUUUAGUUUCUCAUUCAGAACAAGAAUCUUCUCCAUAUCCACCUUAUUGCAAACCCCUUGGGAUGCAAUGAGAAGUCCUGCAAACUCUCAUCAUUGAUAUGCCUUUGUUCCAGUUUUUUGUUGCUAAAAUACACAAUUUAUCAUCUUCCAACAAUAUGCUUCAUUAGUCAAAUCUUUGUCUGCUCACCUAAGCCAUCCACAGCCUUUUAUCACCUCAUUACCUUCUUUUAACUAUUUACUCACAUGACUCAUCUUAGGCUACGUCCACACUAGACUGGAUAAAUCCGUAACCGAAGCUUUUUCUCUUCGUUUUGACCCUCCGUCCACACUGAAAUGGCAUUUUCCUCCCCUGAAAACAGAGCUUUUCUAAAACACUCUCCAGUGUUUAAAUCUGAAAACGCCGGUUGGCUGUUGUAGUGUGUACGGGAUAACUGGCUAAUUUUAAAAACGCUAACAUGACGUGCCGGAACAAAUGGUGACAGCAGCGUGGCAUUUCAUUGGUUUCUUGAACGCAACCUCCAACACCACAACAAUAUCCGACAAUAGAUGUGUAACAGCCUCAUGUAACAUUGUAUGGAAAUACAAGAUAACACUGAUGCAGACAUGUUUUAUACAUUUAACAAGGUGCUUUAUUAAUGUAUUACUUGUGCAAACAUUCAAUAGAUGCAAUUGUCACUUUUGCCCAGUAACUCGUUUUAUUGCACAUGUUAAAUACAGUAAAAUAAUACACAAAGACAUGGCAAAAGUAAAGGCAAACAAAUGAAGUAACAGCAAAUUUCACUUUUGCCCAGUAACAAGCCUUAAUGCAUUUAGUUGUAGCUGUCGUCCCUUUCAUCGCUGAAGAGAUUAUGGCUGUAGGAAAUGUUUCUGGACAAACAUGCACCAAGUCUCUCGUUUGGCAAUUUCCUUUUAAGUUUUUCUAGUCUGUAACUGGACAAACGCGCACCAAGUAUACCGUUUCCUCUUCAAUUGUUUUUUGUGUGUCCUGCACAUGCCCAGUAGGAGGAGAUUCGCCCAAAUAUCCGUUUUAAUGUGGAUGGAGGUAUUUUCAAAAACGCCUGGUGUAGACGCCUAUUGUUUUUACGUAAAACCGGCAUUUUCAAAAUUAUCCGGUCUAGUGUGGACGUAGCCCAAGUUUCACCAGCAAACUUAGCAACUGUACCUUUGAUGCAAAAUCAUUUAUGGAAAUUGUAAAGAGUUGAAGUCCCAGUAGUUCGCCACUAAUUCUAUCUAGCCACCCAGAUAAGAGACAUAAAUGUUUGUUUAUUGUUCACCAGACAAUCUUACAUCCAUACAAAUGUCAUCUCUCACAGCAUAAUACUAAUUUUUCUGCAAUAGCUUUUGGCGCAAAAAUUUAUGAAAUGAUUUCUGGAUUCUACUGGUCUCCUUUAUCCACAGUAUGUUAUUUCCUCAAAGGAUUCCAAUAAAUUGA